UUGGCGCGGAGGGAGUACGGCAGGAGCUGUGGGAGGGAGCGCCACAGCGAGGCUGAGAGCGGAGCUGGUCGCGUGAAGCUCGGCAUUUUCGCUUCAGGUGUGACGAGCAGCGGCGGCCCGGCCGAGCGCGAAGGGCCGAGCUGUGCGAACGCGGUCACCAUGGACCGCGCAGAUGAAGGGCCUCCGGCCAAGGCCCGCCGCCUUAGUGGCUCUGAGCCCCCUCAGAGUGAGCUGCUGCUGCCGCCGCCGCCGCCACCUCCUCCUCCUCCUCCUCCUCCUCUCCUGCGCCUGCCCCUGCCUCCACCUCAGCAGCGCCCGAGGCUCCAGGAGGAAACCGAGGCGGCACAGGUGCUGGCUGACAUGAGGGGGGUGGGACUGGGCCCCGCUCUGCCCCCGCCUCCGCCUUAUGUCAUUCUUGAGGAGGGGGGUAUCCGCGCGUACUUCACCCUGGGGGCUGGGGGUCCCGGCUGGGAGCCCGCAGUCGAGUCAGGGUACGGGGGGUCGCCCCCUCUCGCGGAGAGCCUAGAAACGCUCUCUCCCUCAGAGGUUUCUGGAGAAAGCCUGGAGAUUGACUUCCAGGUGACGGAGCCCAGCAGCUUUGCAGUAGAGAAGGCCCUAGAAACCUGUAGCUCAGGGGGGCGGGGGUACCAGAGGUUAGCCGGUCCAAGAGGGAGAGAAGAGACCGUCAUCAUCGUGGAAGACGACGACGAGGAUGAAAAGGAAAGCGUGAGGAAGAGGAGGAGGAGGAGGAAGAGGAAGCCCAGGAAGGUGAAGAGGGAAAGCCUAGAGAAAAAUGCCGAGAAGAUAGAGUGCAUCCUGCAGGCUCUGGAAAACAUUCAGCUAGACCUGGAGGCGGUGAAUAUCAAGGCUGGCAAGGCCUUCCUCCGCCUCAAGCGCAAGUUCAUCCAGAUGAGGAGACCCUUCCUGGAGCGCAGAGAUCUUAUCAUCCAGAAUAUCCCAGGCUUCUGGGUCAAAGCAUUCCUCAACCACCCCAAAAUUUCAAUCUUGAUCAGCCAACGCGAUGAAGACAUUUUCCGCUACUUGACCAACCUACAGGUACAGGAUCUCAGACAUAUCUCCAUGGGCUACAAAAUGAAGCUAUACUUCCAGACAAACCCCUACUUCACAAAUAUGGUGAUUGUCAAGGAGUUCCAGCGCAACCGCUCAGGCCGGCUGGUGUCUCACUCCACCCCAAUUCGCUGGCACCGGGGCCAGGAACCUCAGGCCCACAGGCAUGGGAACCAGGAUGCCAACCACAGCUUCUUCAGCUGGUUCUCAAACCAUAGCCUCCCAGAGGCUGACAGGAUUGCUGAGAUUAUCAAGAAUGACCUGUGGGUUAACCCUGUGCGUUACUACAUGAUGGGAGAAGGAGGCUACAGAACAAGCAGAAAGAAGCAAGAAAAAGAAGAAAGUAAAAACAAGGAUGAAUAUGAAGUGGUGAUCAUGGACGACUCUGAUGACUAUCACAUCGUGGAAGACAUUAUUGGAGAGACCUCAGACAGUGAUGGUAUCACCGACAAUGAGACCAUUCAUGAUGUCAAGAUCUCUGACUUCAUGGAGACUACUGACUGCUUCGAGACCACUGACAACGAGAUAACUGACAUCAGUGAGAGCCUCUGUGACAGCGAGUGCCCUGGCCACAAUGAGACCACCGACAACAACGAAAGCCCCAAUGACAAUGAAACCACUGAUAACAAUGAGAGUGCUGAUGACAAGGAGAGUACCAAUGACAACAGUGAGAACCCUGAAGAUGACAACACUGAUGAGAACGAAGAGAACCCUGAUGACAACGAUGAGAAUGCUGAUGAGAACCCCAGUGGUGAUGAGAACCCCAAAGAUGGCAACCAAAGGAGCAAUGGCAACAACCAGGACAGUGACAAUGAAGGAGACAAUGAUGGCAGUGAUAUUGAAGAUAAUGAUGGCAGUGAAGAUGACAAUGAAGGUAGUGAUGAUGAUGGCAACGAAGGUGACAAUGAAGGCAGUGAUGAUGACGACAGAGACAUUGAAGACUACGAGAAUUACCUUGAAGACCCUGACAAGGAUCACCAUAACAAUACCAACGAGGAUGACUAUGAGGACGAAGUAGAGAACAUCUCUGAAGAAGAAUCGUCAGUGGAGGAAGAGGAGGAGGGCAGUGAGGAAGGCAGUGAGCAAGGGGAGAACAGCAAUGAGGAAGGAAUCGAAGACGACUCAGGAGACUCCGACAUGGAGAAGGUGCUUCAGGUCCAAAACCCUUGGGCCAUCCCUGGAAAGAGGGGCCAAAUGGGAUAAACGUCUUACCCCUUCAGGGGCUGCUUCUCUUCUAUAUCCUUCUCCCCCUGCCCCAUUUGCCCUCCCUAUCAGCUAGGGCCGAGCGGCCCCGCAUUGCACUUCUGGGGGGUGAUUGACUUCGUACACGGGUUUAAAGUUUAUUUUUAUGGUUUAGUAAUUGAGAAAUUCUUAUUUUGGGGGGGAGGGAAUGGGGGCUUCCCCCUUCCUUUUAGCCCUCCUCCCCCGCAGGCUUCUGUGUGCUGCUAAACGUAUUAUUGUGAUGCUUUGGUCAGGGCCCCUCUAUCCCCCUCCUCGUGCUGUGUGGAGUGGACACCCUUAAUCCCGAAGCGGGGAGGGCUGCUGUGGCCUUGGGGGGCUCUGCUGCCACCCUGUUCUCCCAAGUCUCUCUCUUUUCCUCCACCCCUCGCCUUUCCCAGCUGCGCCCGCUAGCCUGCCUCGGUGUCUAUGCAAGGCCGCUUCGCCAUUGCGGUAUUCCUGUCCCCCUCCCCCAGAAGUCCCGCCUCGUUCCCUCUGGACCCUGGUAAUCCUAAUAAAAGUGUGAGCAAAUUCAAA